GGGGUCCCCGGAGGGAUGUGGGGUGCAGUGGGGGGGUCCCCAGGGAGUUGGGGGGGACCCCGGAGGGAUGUGGGGUGCAGUGGGGGGGUCCCCAGGGAGUUGGGGGGGUCCCCGGAGGGAUGUGGGGUGCAGUGGGGGGGGUCCCCAGGGAGUUGGGGGGGACCCCGGAGGGAUGUGGGGUGCAGUGGGGGGGUCCCCAGGGAGUUGGGGGGGUCCCCGGAGGGAUGGGGGGUGCCCAGGGCGCUUUGGGGGUCCCCGGGGAGAUCGAGCCCCCCCACCGCGUGCCCUGGGGGUGCCUGGAGGGGCUCAGGGUACCCCAACCCCCCCCUCCCAGGUGUGGGGGGCCCCGGGGGUGGGGGGGGGGGGGGUCUGGGGGUGGGCGGGGGUCCCCCAUUUUCUCACCCCCCCCCCCCCCCCCAGUUGCAGCUGAACUACUUGGGGAACUACAUCCCGGGGGGCUGGAGCUACGAGGGGGGCUGCGGGGACUGCGACCUCGACCUGCGGCCCCUCGACGGCGUCCCGGACGAGCAGCUCCCCUGGGUGCUGGUGGGGGUCUUCGUGGAGCAGCCCACCCCCUUCCUGCCCCAGUUCCUGCAGCGCCUGCUGCACUGGCGGUACCCCCCCGCGCGCCUGCACCUCUUCCUGCACAACCGCGAGGUGCACCACGAGCCCCACAUCGCCGCGCUUUGGCCGCGCCUGCGCAGACACUUCGCCUCCGCGCGGCUCGUGGGGCCCGAGGAGGGGCUGGGCCCGGGCGCCGCGCGCGACAUGGGCAUGGCGCUGUGCCGGCGGGAGCCGCGGUGCCAGCACUACCUGAGCCUGGACGCCGACGUCGCCCUCACCCACCCCGGGGCCCUGCGCGCCCUCCUGCGCCAGAACCGGCGGGUGCUGGCCCCGCUGCUCUCCCGCCCGGGCCAGCUCUGGUCCAACUUCUGGGGCGCCCUGAGCCCCGAGGGCUUCUACGCCCGCGCCCAGGACUACGUCGACAUCGUCCAGGGCAAGCGCAGGGGGGUGUGGAACGUGCCGUACCUGAGCCACGCCUACCUGGUGGGCGGGGCCGCGCUGCGGGGGCCGCUGGGGGAGGGGCCCGUCUUCACCCGCCCGGACACGGACCCCGACAUGGCCUUCUGCCGCCACGCCCGCGAGAGGGGGCUCUUCCUGCACGUGACCAACCGGGAGGAGUUCGGGCACCUGCUGGUGGGGGGGGGCUACAACAGCUCCCGCCGGCACCCGGACCUGCUGCAGCUGCCGCUCAACCCCCGCGACUGGGAGCAGAAGUACCUGCACGAGAACUACAGCCGCAUCUUCGAGGAGAACCUCUAUGAGGAGCCCUGCCCCGACGUGUACCAGUUCCCGCUGUUCUCGGAGCAGCUCUGCCGGGAGGUGCUGGAGGAGGCGGAGCUCUACGGCUGGAGCGGGGCGGGGCCUGAGGCGGGGGUGGAGUCGGUGGCCCUGGGCCCGCUGGGGCUGGAGGGGGCGUGGCUGGGGGCCCUGCGGCGCUUCCUGCCCCCCAUCGCCCGCAAGCUCUUCCCUGGGUACCACCCCAAGGGCCGGGCGGUGCUGAGCUCCGUGAUGCGGUACCGCCCCCGCCCCGCCCACCCGGCCCCGCCCGGCCCCGCCCUCCCCACGGCCACCAUCGCCCUCAGCCUGGCCCUCAGCCCCGCCCAGGGGGGGGGCUGGCGCUUCCCCCGCUACGAGUGCGGGGUGCCGGCCCCUCCCCCCGGCUGGGCGCUGCUGCACCCCGGGCGCCUCACCCACCACCCCGAGGCGCUGCCCCCCCCCCCGCGGCGCCCGCCACGCCCUCCUCACCCUGCUCGACCCCUGAGGGCCGCCCCACCCACCCCCACCCAGGGGUGCUGCCCCCCCCCGGCACCCCCAUUGAGCACGGAGGACAUGGGGGCACCGUGACCCCCCACCCAGGGGUGCUGCCCCCCC